CUAUCCAGUGGAAUGUUGCGGGGACUCAGCUGCCGGAGCUUAUUGGUCACUCGAGCCAAGCUCGAAGUCGACAGAUCGAUUCUCGCAGUGCAUUCCGGCUCCCCCUGCUCCAGCACGAGGUCUGGCAUUCACGAAUUCGAGGGCGGUCGGUGGGCCUGCGGGGUUUGGUUUGGUCUAGGGGUUUAGCAAGAGGAAGAGAGCACAUCGAUUGAGAGCUGCAGAGGCGGAGGGGCGGAGGGGCGGAGGAGCGGAGUUGGAGCGAUGGCGGCCUCCACUGCUGCCAGGGUGUGGUCGGUUUCGGGCGCAGCGGGGUCGAUUUCGGCCAAGGAGGUGACGGCUGUCGGUGCCGAGGGGUGUGGCGCCCGGUUCAGGAGCUCGUUGGGUUUUGCAAGAGUGGGGUUGAAGAAGGUGCAGGCAGGUGGAGGAAGAAGCUUGGGACCUCAGAAUGGGUCGAGAGUGAACGCGUGGUUCAAAUUCGGCAAGAAUGGGUUGGACUCCGAGGGCGCCGGAAUUUAUGGAAGCCAGGCCCGCGAUGAUUUUGAUCGCGACGAUGUCGAACAGUACUUUAAUUACAUGGGCAUGUUGGCCUCCGAGGGAACCUACGACAAGAUGGAACAGCUGUUGAGUACAGGGAUCCAUCCCGUCGACAUCUUAUUGCUGUUGGCAGCCUCAGAAGGAGAUGUCCCGAAACUCGAAGAACUUCUCCGAGCAGGUGCGGAUCCCAGAGUCAAGGAUAACAACGGCCGGACUGCUGUGGAUCGUGCCGCCGAUGAAGACAUCAAGAACCUCAUCCUCAGUAAAUCAAGCAUCAAAGUGUAGUUCUCAGACGCCGUUAAAAGAUCUUCUCACUUUUCUCUGCCUUUGGUAUAUUGUCAAUAGUGUAGAAUCAACGAUUGAACACUUACAGUAUGACACACAAGCCGUUAUUAGCUUGGCUUCAGUGGAUCCAGUGAUCAGUACAAUAGCUAAAAUUGCAACUGUAGGCCCACAGAAUCUCCUCCUGCAGUUACUAGUAUUUCAAAGGGUAACUGUGUACAGAUUUUGCUCUGAAUUGGAAUGAAUUAUUCUUCUAGCACAUCUAUUUUCGGCGUCGUCUCGUGACGGCUGUCACC